AUGACCCGAACUCAAGCAAUGAACGAGUUCUGCAAACGUCGACCCCCUACCUUUCACGGAGACACCAAUCCCAUUGUAGCCGAGACUUGGCUGAAUGAGGUCAAAAUGAUCCUCAGAACUUUAGGGAUUACCCAAGACGGAGAUCGGGUGGCCUUGGCCACAUACCAAUUGAAGGGAGAAGCCCGCUAUUGGAGGGAUCUAAUGGAGGCGACCCAUGCCAUAGCCACCAUGACAUUUGCCGAGUUCGAGACUCUGUUCCUCGACAAAUAUUUUCCCACGCCUCUUCGCCUUGCCAAAGAACAAGAGUUCCUGAAUCUGAAACAGGGAACAAUGACGGUUACCCAGUACACGGCCAAAUUUGAGGAAUUGUCCCAUUACGCCCUAACCUCCAUACCAACCGAGGACAAGAAGGCUAGGAGAUUCGAGUGGGGACUAACGACUGCUCGAAAGGCUGUGGUGGCUCAAGCUUUUACCACUUAUGCUGAAGUCGUGAAGUGUGCACUCCGGCUAGAGAGUGAAGAGACUGACUUCAAAACUCGAUGGAGGAAGGCGACAAGCGGCACCGGUGGACCGAUCCGAACCCAACCACCCAACAACAACCGUGGACCCUACCCCACCAAACCCUCUAUUCCGCCUCAAAGCAAUCAAUCAUGGGAAACUGCUACACCAGGACAUGGCGAACCGCAGAGGGGAAGUCAAGACAUAGCCACAGUUUAG